AUGCAGGGAAUGUCACCCAAUCUCGCCUCAUUUCUGAGGAACAUGCAGGCCCAAUUCAUGUCACUACAACAACGUACCAAUGAACUUGAAUCUCUUGCCGCAACUAAUGCUAGAUUAACUGCUCAAUUAGUUAAUGCGGAAAAGCUAAUUGCUGAUCUCAGAUCUCAAUUAGCAUCUCAGGGCAAUUGCCAAAUUACAACAAAUGCAUCAACAUCAUCUGCACCAACCACACCCAAGGAGCCUGGCACUGAGGCUUCUACAUGGGCUACAGCUGCUGCUGCUGCUCACAACUCUGUUGUUGUUCCUACUGCUCUUUCUGUUCGCAAGACUCUAAGACCUCCUUCUGUUCGCCGGGUUGCUGCUUCUGCUAGAAUGUUUGCCAUUCCCACUGGUCCCAAAGGAUAUCAAUAUGUGUAUAUCCCACGUUCACGUCGUCUCACACAUAGAGAAGUGCGCAACUCUUUGAAAACACUUGGUGUUGAUACUGGCCGCAUCUUGGAUAUCAAUUUUCCUGCCAAGGAUGUAGUUGGCAUCCUAGUUUACAACCAGUAUGCUGAGAAAUUCCAGACCACUCUGACCACAGUUGCCAUUGAGAUCUUAGACACGUUUGACCCUUUGGAUCCCAAAAACAUUGCAGAUCCCAAAUAUAAGUCUCUUUGUGAUUCAGAGCUAGAAGAAGUUGCUGCUGAACUUCAUUCUGAUCGUUGUCUGAAGGCUCUCAAGUAUCUUCGUCCUCAUGUUGCUGUUCCUGUUGGUCAUUGCUUUUGUGAUCAAGGCUGGAUCUCUAAGGAAGAUAUUCCUGUUCAUUCUGUUUCUGGUCCUGGUGCUGGACUAUGGAAUGCUAAUGGUCUGCAGCCUCGUGCAAUUUAUGAUGUUCUUCAAUACUGUCACUCUCUACAUAUGCUUUUUAUCACUGAAACAUGGCUUCUCCCCCCAUCUCGUCUCCCCACUUCUUGGUCCCAGAUUCAUCUUUAUGGUUUACCUGUAGCUGGCAACUACAGAGGUUCUAUGGGUGUUUCUGUUCUUAUUUCUCCAUCCUGUCCUUAUCCUGUCACUCAGAUUCCUAUGUCAUCUAAUUAUGCUUUGGCCAUCAAGAUUGGUUCCCUCAGAAUUGUAUGCCUGUACUUACCACUCUCUAUGUCCAACCAUGAUGCUCUUGCAGUUCUCUCAUCCAUUCCUUUGACCAAUGACACUAUUAUAUGUGGCGAUUUUAAUUCACGUUUGGGUUCACUUACUGGUGACUAUGCUACUAACACUCUAGGUCUUGCUCUUUGUCAAUGGUUAGAAGAACGUGCUCUUACUGUUGUCAAUGGCCAGCUCUCACCAUGCAUACCUACAUUCAUUUCAUUCUGCCAAAAUGUGGAGAUAAGCAGUAUCAUUGAUCUGUUUAUCACUAAUAUGUCCCUCACCAAUGCCACUCUCAACAUUCAUACCGACCUCUCACUCAACUCUGACCACCGUCUGCUUUCACUUUCAUUUACAUAUGCCAUCAAUCCAACAUCACAUGCACCACCACCAUCUCGCAAAACAUGGAACCUCUCACGACUUCAAGAACCUGAUGUUCUCAAACUAUAUGCCCACACAUUUGUCACUAAUUCCACCAACCUCAAAUCCACUUUGCAAUCGACCUUCGAACACCCUCCUUCCUCACGUCCACCAAUUGAUGCACUAACUGAUGAAUUCAACUCACUCAUUUAUAAUUCUUUAAGUAGCUCAAUUGGCAACCGUCCUCCCCGUCCUUCCCACUGGAAAAAAGUCUGGAAUUCAGUACUUCAAGCAGCUGCAGAGCACCGCAAUUUCUGCUACAAGAAAUGGCACUGUGCAUGUGGUAUAGACAGAAUUCAUUGGUGGGAUAAGCAUCUCAAAGCGCAGGCAGAAUUCCGACAUCAAGUGCAAUCAUCUAAGCGCCAAUCAUGGCAUGCUUUCUGCAAAUCAAUGGAACAAGACUUUUCCAAAGCAAUAUCAAAGAUCAAGCAACUCAAACGCCAACGGCAGCCUCAGCACAUGUUUCAACAUAGUGAUGGACCAGCAACAGCAGCAACAAUUAUGUGUGAGCAUCUUGCAUCUGUAUACAGUGGCAGUAUCCUCCCAGAUCAGCGUCCUCCUCCUCCUCUUCACAGUACUAGUCUGUCUUUUGCCUCUGCCAGCUCGCCAUUUGUUUCUUCAGUGGUAGAGGGAUGCAUGCAAUUUAUGCCUAACUGCAAGGCACCAGGCCCAGAUCACAUCAGAGCAGAAAUGUUGAAAGUAAUUCGACCACAAAUUGCUCCACUACUCUCACUCUUGUUCACCAUCUGCACCUUUGGACCGUCUGUUGUCACUCAUCGUCGUUCUGGAGCAUUGGCUGCUAUGGCAACUCUUACUGCUGUUGGUGCAUGUAGAUCUGGUUUCAGUUUGCUCUUAAGUUCACAUCUGUUCAAAACCUUUAUACAACCAAAAUUCGAGUAUGGUCUUGCAAUCACAUGUCUUUUGCAAAAAGAUGUUUUACUUCUAGAGAAAAUUCAAGAUAAAUGCUUGCAAAUGAUUGUUGGUGGCCAUGCAACUUCAUCUACUGCGGUCUUGAAACAUAUCUGCAACCUGCCCACAUCAACACUAUCCACUCUUCACUCAAACCCUCUUUUUGCCAGCAUUCCUCCUGAUCUUAAUUGCUCCAGCCACAUAAAACUAUCCAAGCACUUUGAGUCUUUUAGACAAGAAAAGUUUGCUCACUUUCGUCUCACCAACACUAAGAUUCUCAUCCAAGCUUGCCACCCUCUUCUUGAAGUUGAUCCUGUAUUGUUUCUUCCUGCUACACGCAUAGAACGUGGCAGUCUAGUACGUUGGAGAAUGGGCUGGUUGCCUGGUAAGCCAAAGGAGUGUGCAUGUGGCUUUGAUCAUACUUCAAGACGCCAUUUCCAAUUCUGCAUCACAAUCCCAUCUCAGCUGUUCUCUCAACUUUCAGCACCACCCACAGAUGAAGACAACAUCAUUGACUUUGCUAUAUCAGCACUACCAAUCUCGUCUACACAUCCAAGCCCUCUAUAUUGGAAAGCUCUUCUUACAAUACUAUGGCAUAUUGACAUGCUAUGCAAUCCUAAUGGCAACUACACACAUGAAACCGAUCAUGGUUCUCUCUGGCACUAG